CUUCUCACCGCUUGCUUUCCCUCCACUGAGUUCAAAACGGACUGUCGCUGGAGAGCGAAAGAAGAGGAGAGAAGGGAUAAAAAAGAAAAGCAGUGAAAUGGUGUAAAAGCAGAGCGAGUCCAGCCCGACUGAGGGAAGCACAGGAAGAGGGACGACGUAGGAGGAUUUAUUCUUCUUUGUCUCCGUGUUGGUAAAGUCCGUCAACUCCCGCUUUUUGAUGCUGUCCUCACGGAGGUCUGAGCCAAUAACGGACUUAUUGGUCGGCUGAACCAUGCAGAGGCUGCUGCUCCUGAGUUUGCUGCUGAGUUUCCAAACUGUGUGGACAGCGAGAUUCUCUCAGGAGCCGGCAGACCAGUCGGUGGUGCGGGGCCAGAGGGUGCUCCUGUCCUGUGUUGUCUUCAACUACUCUGGCAUUGUUCAGUGGACCAAAGAUGGCCUGGCUCUGGGCAUCGGAGAGGACCUCCGGGCCUGGCCCAGGUAUCGUGUGCUGCGGGUCCAGGAGCUGGGCCAGUACAACCUGGAGAUCCUGUCAGCUGAUCUGUCUGACGACUCCCUGUACGAGUGCCAGGCCCCUGAUGCCGCCCUGAGGUCCAGAAGGGCCAAACUCACCGUCCUCAUCCCCCCAGACGACCCGGUGAUCGAUGGGGGUCCCGAGGUGCUGCUGAAUGCGGGGGAGUGCUACAACCUGAGCUGCGUGUCUCGAGGGGCCAAGCCGCCUUCUAUGAUCGAGUGGCUUAAAGAUGGUCUGCCUGUGGAUGGGGCUGCCAGCAUCACUGAGGUGCUUCCAGACAGGAAGAGGGUGACCACACGCAGCUACCUUCCCAUCCAGCCCGUUGACACCGACACCGGGAGGAACUACAGCUGUGUGGCCACCAACCUAGCCAUCCCCAACGGCAAAAGCACAACCGUCACCCUCAACGUUCACCAUCCACCGACAGUGACCUUGUCCAUUGAGCCUCGCUCCGUCCUAGAAGGGGACAGAGUCACCUUCACCUGCCAGGCUCACGCCAACCCUCCUAUUAUGGGCUACAGGUGGGCUAAAGGCGGCGUGGUGCUGCAGGGUGCCAGGGAGAGCGUGUUCACCACCAAGGCCGACCACUCCUUCUUCACCGAGCCCGUCUCCUGUCUGGUUUUCAACGCUGUGGGAAAGACCAACGUCAGCAUCUUGGUGGACGUCCACUUCGGCCCGAUCCUGCUGGUGGAGCCGCAGCCAAAAACAGUGGAUGUCGACUCUGAUGUCACCCUCAACUGCAAAUGGGCUGGAAACCCUCCGCUCACACUCACCUGGUUCAAAAAGGGUUCAAACAUGGUUCUGAGUAACAGCAACCAGCUGUAUCUGAAGUCGGUGAGCCAGGCGGAUGCUGGCCAGUAUGUAUGCAAGGCCAUCGUCCCACGGAUUGGAGUAGGAGAGACUGAGGUCACCCUGACAGUCAACGGUCCACCCAUCAUCUCCAGCGAUCCAGUCCAGUACGCUGUGAGAGGGGAGCGAGGAGAGGUGAAAUGCUACAUCGCCAGCACUCCUCCUCCGGAUAAGAUAGUGUGGGCCUGGAAGGAGAACGUAUGGGAGAAAGAGAAGGGAACGCUGCUGGAGAGGUACACGGUGGAGCAGAGCAAGCAGUCAGCAGAGGGCGGCGGCGUCCUCUCCACGCUCACCAUCAACAAUGUGAUGGAGUCGGACUUUCUGUCCAGCUACAACUGCACGGCCUGGAACUCGUUUGGCCCGGGCACCAUGAUCAUCACGCUGGAGGAGAAUGAGAAGAUUCCAGUGGGCUUAAUAGCCGGUGGGACGGUGGUCUCCACCAUCUUCCUGUUCGUCUUUCUGCUGGUCCUCGUUCUUAUCUUCUACCGGCAGCGCAAAGGCAGUCGGCGCGGGGUCACGCUGGGUAAGCCCGACAUCAAGGUGGAGACGAUAAACAAGGAGACCCACAGCUUGGAGGAGGACUCCGGCAGCGUGUCCACAGCUUCGCGCAUGGUCAAGGCCAUGUACUCGCCCUUUAAAGAUGACAUAGAGCUCAAGUCUGACCUCCGCAGUGACACCCUGGACACCCGCCAGGAGUAUGACCUAAAGGACCCAACCAACGGCUACUACAACGUGCGAGCCUCCACCCACGACGAAGUCCGCCCUGCGUCGCGUUCCACCAUGCAUUACUCCGACUACCGUUCCGCAGGAACACCUGGAGGAGCAGCAUCCAUUAGCAGCAGCACUGGAGGCUCGGGAGCAACAGCCAGCGGAGGAGCCCCUGUUCCCCCCGCCCCCUCACCUCCCGGCCGCCCACAAGCCUGCUACGACCCCCGGCCACCCUCCAGACUCCAUAUCAGCUACGCCCAGUUCAAUACCUUCACCCGUGGGGGCCAGACCCAGCCCCCGGCUAACCCCGCCCCUGCAGCCAGUGAUUUCCCUGGGGACUGUAGCCUCCUGGACUCCACUUCUCAGCUGGCCUAUGACAACUACGGAUACCCCUCACACUACCCGACCUACCGCAUGGGUUUCGCUCCGUCCAGCCGCCCUCUGGAGGCCGGCCCAUCCUACGAGAUGUACGGGGUGGGAUCUGGGGUGGCGAGCCCUGGGUGGGGUUGGCCCCUGGGGGCCCAGCUCCCUCAGGGUCAGAGACUGGACUCGGAAGUACGGCAGCUCCACUCGCUUCUCCUACACCUCACAACACUCUGACUACUCCCACAGCCGACACACACAAAGGAUGCAGACUCACGUGUGAGACGGAGACGCAGAACCACCUCACAGUCUUAGCUGAGCAUGAAGGAAGCAUCUUAUAAAUAGCGGCCACACCUAAAACACACACACACAAUCACAAAUUUACAUGCACACAUUUUUUAACACGCUAACACGAAUACGCUCACACAACACGACUGCAGAACACAAGAAAACAUCACACAACCAGCCAUGCACAAAGUCAGAAAACCAUGCCCGUGAGACAGAAUGAGAACCGUGGGGCACAGAGAGCAAAAAAGAGAGGAGAAAAGGAGUUUUAGUGAGACAGGGAGGGGAAUCCAACACGGUUUUGAAUUCCCUCACUCCAAUGUGUUUGUAUAUCUGGCUCUGAAAGAGCAGACAACGCAAGUCACAAUCAAGACUGGAAAGAGAGCAAGAACCUGGAGAGGACGAGAGAUCACAGAUCUUUGGAGCCCAUAGCCUUUGCUAUGAACUGACAUUGUAAAAUGAUGAGAGAACGUUUAAAGCAAACUGACUGUCAAUAUGGUACACGCUGAUCAGAAGAAACCUCAACCAGUGGAAGUCAUUUCUGGCCGCCAUUUUUCGAUAAUGUUUUUAUAUUUUUUAUUUUUGCUGGUUGUCUAUUCUGUGAUCAUAGAGCACAUAUAUAUAUAUAGUAUCCCAAAUGCCCUUCUGUACAGUGGUACUUGCCAUCAGGCCUGUUAGGCAGGGUGGGGGAGUGGUGUUGGUGCUGGGGUGGGGGUUGGGAGGGUUUGUCAUCAUUUUGCACUGCAUCUACAGUAUUCAUGCUUAGACGUCCCUUAUCUAUAUCUGUGUUAUGUCUUCUUUUUAUUUGCACACCAGACUAGAGCUUUGUAUUCUAUUUUUUAACAUUACAGAAUUAUUUUUGUCAAUGUAAAACAUGUAAUGUGUAUGUAUGGACCAAAAGUUUGAACGUGAGCGCACAUAAACUUGGGCAUUGGCCUGAGCGAGAUCCACUGAGACGGAGUGAAAGCUGUGCCAACAGAAGAGCCUGAAUUCAGGAUGUGUUUCACAUCAGAAGGGUGCACAACAGUGUAUAAAAGAAUCCUAGUGCCAAGUGUUCAUGUUGUUCUUCACCUUAGACCAUGUAUAUGCAGUAGACGCUCCUUCUAUUGGCGACUGUUGCUUUACAAACCAGGCUCGGGGGCCUUGAGUCAUUCCCAGACAUUUUUUGUAGACUGGAGCCUUUUUUCGCCGAGCUCUUAACUACAAGCCUGGCGCAGACAGAGAGAAAAACACAGAUGUUGGGUUUAGAACUGAGUGGCCUUAUAGGGGAACAUGUCAUACAUUUCCAUUUUGAAUCAUUCCUCAUUGUCUGUCUGCCAAAACGGCCAGAGGAGAAUGUGUAUGGAGAGGUUUAAUGAAGGCUUGUUCACAAUAUUGACAUGUAGUAGUGUGACUGUGAGUGUGUGGGUGUGCGAGUGUGUGAGAGAGAGAGAGAGAGAGAGAUCAAGAGGGAGUGUGUGGGCGUUGGCGCGCACAUUGAUUUGUACAGUGUGUUUGUAUAGAUGUGUGAAUGAUUGUGUGUGUGUGUAUGGGAAGCAUACUGUAAACACGCUGCGCUCCUCGAGUGUAUGCGUGUGACUAUUGUAUGCAUGUCUGUGUGUAUACAGUAUGUGUGUGCGUGUGCAUGUCUGUGUCUAAGUGCGUGUGUGUUUCAGUAUAUGUCCAUAUCAUUUCUCUCACAAUCCUGUUACAGUACUUUUAUACCUCUGGUAGGACUGUAUCCUGUAUUAUUGUGUCUUUGAAUUUAGAAAAAUCCAAUGUUUAUCUUAUUGUACUGUUCUUCGUAGCAGAGAAAACUGUUCAAAAGAUGUACAACGAACGUUAUCAAACUCUCAUUUUUUAAUUUCAUUAUCUUCAAUAUUUUUUAAAAAUGGUAUGUAAUUAUUUUUCCACAGUAUUACAUAAAUAAAAGCACUGUUUUUUAUAAAA